CACGCGCGCACGCACGCGAACGAGCUCGCGCGCCUCACGAUGACGACGACGCCGCCGCGCGACGACGACGAGACGCUGUUCACCGUCGCGGACGCGAGCGGACACUUCGCCGCGGACUGGGGAUCCGAGGAGGAGGACGUCGACGUCGAGGCGGACGACGACGACUACUCCGAGGGCGCGGACGUCGCGGAGGAAGUCGACGCGCUGGACGAGGACGAGAUCGACGAGUGGGUCGACGCGGACGGCGCGGACCUCGGCCCGGGGACGCCGUCGCCGAAGAAGGGCGGCGGCGGAUGGGACGAGGACGUCCACUCCGGCGAGGAGGAGGACGAGGCGGAGGCGGCGGCGGCGGCGGAGGCGGAAGAGGCGGAGGAGGAGGAGGAGGGCGAGAUUCAAGAUUUGCUCACCGGCGCCCCGCUCGCGAAGCCCGCGCCGCCGAAGAAGAAGAAGCCGACGUCCACGAACGCCGCGCCGCGAUGCGCGAACGCCGCCUCAUCCGCCGCCGCGACGAAACCCGGCGCCGGCGUCGCGCCCGAAGUCAGAGCCUGGAUCGCCGACGCGGCGACGCUCCGAGGGAAACAGAAGCAGCUCGAGACGGCGAUCUCAUCCGCCGCGGCCCGCGCGCGUCUUCCGCCCGACGUCGAACCCAUCGCGACGCACGGCGCCGCGGCCGCGGAGGAGGACCAGGACGAACUCCGCGCGGACCUCGCGGCGCGUUUAAAGCGCGUGCGAUCGAACGUCGUCGGGUUGGGCCUCCACGUGGCCAACGUCGCGAGCGGUUCAGGCGCGUUCUAUACAACGCGGGUGGACGACCCGACGUGGGAGGAGGAGGCGGCGGCGUCGACGUCGGCGGCGGCGACGCGGCUGGCGGGGAGUAAAAAGCCGGGGACCAAGCCGGGGCCGUACGUGCGUCCGCGGCGGCCGGCGACGGCGAAGGCGGGCGUGGAGCCGUGGACGCGCGACGCGACGACGACGACGCCCGCGAAGAAGAGAACGGUUGGGGGCGCGGCGUCCAUCGCGAAGAGAACGCCGUCCGUCGCGACGUCGCCGUUCGCGGUGUCGCCGCCGAGCCCGAGCCCGGGCGGAGGAGGGACGCGGCCGAAGACGGCGGCGGCGGCGGCGGCGGCGGCGGCGCGCGGCGGGGACAGGGCGUCUCUCGGCCCGUGGGCGAAGUCCGCGCUCUCCGCGGCGUCGCCGCCGCCGGCGAAGACGACGCGCGUGCUCCUGGACGGCACCCCCGUCCUCGACGGACUCGACGACGACGACGCCGCCCGGGACGGAGCGCGCGGAGAGACGGUGCCCAAGGCGGUGACGGAUCACGACGACUACGUCGAAAAGUUUGGCCCCACGGGCGGAUGGGCGGACGUCGACCACGCGCGCUGGCGGCGCUGUCUCUCGCGCGCGAACAUGAACUACGGCGCCGCGGUGCUCCUCGCCGCGGAGGAGCUGUCGGCGUUCGGGAUCGAGCGGCAGGAGGUGAUUCGACACGCGCGAUGGGACGCGGCGAGGGACGAUCUCUUCGAGAAGAAGAAGGAAGCGGUGAAAAAAUGGCGCGCGAAGCAACGAGAAGCCGCGGCGGCGCACCGCGCGAAGCUCGACGCGGAGCACGACGCGAAGGAGCGCCUUCGCGCUACCAAAGCUUCCGCGGAGCUCGCCGCGCAGCGCUCGCGAGAGAAGGAGGCGCUGCGCGAGUGGAAGGAGAAGAAGCGGUCGGAGGAGGAAAACCGCAAGCUGUGCGCCGCGGCGAACGACGCGGCGGCGGCGGAGGCGCGCGCGGAGCGGCUCCGGUUGAAGAAGAUUGAGCGCGCGGAGCGCGAUGCGAGGAACGCGUGGCGCGAGCAAGCGCGCGUCGCCGCCGCGGAGAACGCGAGGAUCGCCGCGGAGAAGGCUGCCGCGGCGCUCAUCCCGAGCGCGCCGCCGACGUCGCAAGCGUCGGCCAAGGCUGAGCGCGAGCGGCUGGCGAAAAAGGCGCUCCAGGCGCGUAUUCCUCGCACUGGUUCCCAUACGACCCCGUUCGCGUGGUGA